AUGUCAGACGACGUCUUCGAGAAUAUUGUCGCAUUAUCAGCAAAGUACGGCGUGAUCGUUUUUCGUAGCACUGGUCUUGAUGAUACCAGCCAUGUCGAGCUCGCUCGCCGUUUUGGACCGCUCUUUAGCAUGAAAAGGGUGCUGGGCAAUACGAAAACACGGCUCGAGACUGAUGAGCUCGCCGAUUUGAGCAACAUCGACCCGGACACAGGAGAGCCUGUCCCAACCGAAGGUCCCAAGACCCAAAUUGGUAGACUCGCAUCCUUAUUUCAUCCAGACCUUGCAUACAGUCAACAGCGAGCUUCGUGGAGUCUUCUCAGAGCGCACGAAAUCCCACCGCCGGGAUACGGAGGCGACACUAUCUUUGCUGAUACUAGGACUGCCUUCGACGAGUUGGACGAUGUCGAAUCCGGCCUCAAGGAAAGACUGUUAUCCAAGAACUAUCGUGGUGUUCACUCAUGGCAGCAUGCACAGAAAAUCAGUAACCCCGACUUGUUCAAAGACCUAGACCCUUCAGCCUAUCCUAUGGCCAGGCACCAACUUGUAGAGUUGCACCAGCCAUCCAAUAGGAUGAAUCUCUAUGUUGGGCUGUACAUGCACCAUAUUGAAUGCGCACCCGAGGAGGACGAAGAGAUGGCAGACCUCCAAAAAAAGCUACUCAAACACGCAACCCAAGCCAAAUACCAAUUACACGUGGAAUGGCAUGAUCCAGGUGACUUGGUCAUAUGGGACAAUAGGUGA